AUGUAACCAUCUAGACAAAGUUUAAAAGGAUAUUAGGAAAUCAGAAUGAAGUUCUCAAGCUCAUGGACCUUUAUGCUUACAUCGUUAGGAUUUGCUGCAGGUUUUGGAAGUGUUUGGAGAUUUCCUUAUCUUGUAUUCAAGAAUGGAGGAGGCACAUUUUUAAUACCUUACUUUAUUUUGGUUUUUACUUUGGCUAUCCCAUUAUUUUUUUUAGAAGUUGGUUUGGGACAAUGUAAAGGAAUUGGUAUGGCUCAUUUAUUAGACAUUGAAAAACCUAUGUUAAAAGGAUUUGGGUAUGUUGGAAUAGUAAUUUGCGCAUAUAUAUCCACAUAUUAUAAUCUAAUUAUGGCUUAUUCUUUGAGAUAUUUGUGGGAAUCAUUCAAGUACCCAAUACCAUGGUUGGAGAGCAUAAUUGAAUAAAAUAAACCCUUUUCUAGAGAUUACUUUUACGAUUCUAUUGUUUAGAUUUCCACAUGCAUAACAGAUUUAAAUCAUAUAAUUUGGGGUCUUUUUAUUGCAUAUAUUGUAUCAUUAAUAAUAGUAUACUUUUGUAUAAAGGAAGGAGUUGAAACAUCAGGAAAAAUUGCAAUAGUGACAGCCACUUCCCCUUAUAUUUUAUUAAUGAUUCUACUCAUAAGGGGCUUAAUGCUUGAAGGUUCCAGUGAAGGAAUAUAUUUUUUAUUUAAACCAGACUUUGUUAAAUUAUUUAAUCCCUCUGUUUGGGUAGAUGCUGCUAAUUAAGUCAUAUUUUAAAUGUCAGUUGGACAAGCCAUUCUUUGUUUAUAUGGUAGUUAUAGAAAGAAGGAUGACAAUUUAUCUAAUUUUUCUUUUGCGAUACCUUUGUUAACUGCAUUAUGUGGAAUGUUAGCCGGCUUAGUUGUAUUCAGUUAUAUAGGACAUGUUAGUUUUAAAUUCAACGUUUCAAUUUCACAAUUACCUUUAUCUGGUCCAGAUUUGGCAUUUGUUUUAUAUCCAGCAAUUUUGGCCUAGAUGCCAAUGCCAAAUUUAUGGUGCAUUUUAUUCUUUUUAGUAUUAUUAAUGUUGGGGAUUGAUACUUAAUUUGGAUUUGUAGAUGGAAUUGCAGGAACAAUAGAAGACAUUUAUUUGGGAGAAGUGAUAGUUUGCGGAUAUAAAUUGACGGUUCAACAAGUUCGAUUAAGUGUUUGCAGCAUAUUAGGAGUGAUAGGUUUAAUCUAUUGCACAGAUAUUGGAUUUUAUUUAUUGAGUUUUGUGGAUACUUUUGGAACUAAUGUUUCAUUUAUGUUGGGAGUACUAUUUGAAGUAUUUUACUUUGGAUCAAAAGAGAGAUUUGAAAAAUUGAAAAUGGAUUUAGAGAAAUAUGGGAAUUACGUUCCUUGGCUAAUUGAAUUUUCAUUAACAAAACUCUGCCAUUAUACUGUUAUUGUAUUGCUUAUAAUAUCCGUUAUAUCAUAAAUCAAAAGUUCUCUUGAUUAUUCAUUUCAUGUAGUUUUGAUUGGCUGGUUUAUUUCUUUCUCGCCAUUUAUAGCUGCCAUCAAGAUUUAUAUAGAAAAUCGCAAUAAGAUAGACAUGAGCAAUAAUGAUUUAGAUAUAGAAUUAUUGACUAAGCAGGUAUAAUAGUGA